UAGUCUCUAAAGUUUCUGCCAAAUAAGCCGGAUUUAACAAUGGCGACCAAUCCGUCAUGGGUCGGUAUUAAAUGUCAAUCGGAAGAGAAAAUUUCAAAAUAGUGACACGUUAGAAGUGUUUCGAUUAUAAAUAUGGCUACGAAAGAGCCUGCUACCAUAGAGGAUGGUAUCCCGGAGCCUGGGAUUGAACCAGGUGCUUCGGCAGAAACAAUGCUUGUAACAACAGAUAGUUUUGAAGAAUAUGAACAAGAGAUGAGCAGUAGUAUUGAUGAUAGGCAAAUGAAAGAAAGUACAACAAGCACUAUUUCAGAAAUUCAAGAAGACGUACAAGACAUUCCAGCAACACCUACCGCAUCCAGUCCACGAGAACUUGAGAAAACAACUUCUCUUGAUGAUUCCGAAUUAGAGGAUGUUACACAUCGAUUAGGUCAUACCAAUAUAGACUCGGAUCCUUUACGUUGCAAAGCUUGGUUGGCCCAAAGGAAACACAUAUUUAUUUUAAGCCAAGCAGGAAAACCCAUAUACUCUAGAUAUAGUUCAGAAGACAAACUAGUCACAGUUAUGGGUGUAAUGCAGGCUCUAGUUUCAUUUGUCCAAGCAGGCAGUGACAUGAUCAGAUCUGUUCAUGCAGGAGAUACUAAUUUUGUAUUUGUUGUUAAAGGUCCAUUGAUUUUAGUUGCAGUUUCUAAAACACUUGAAAGUGUACCUCAACUUACAUUGCAAUUAACAUAUGUAUAUAAUCAAAUAGUAUCAGUGUUAACACAAUCACAACUAACUAGAGUAUACGAUCAACGUAGAAACUUUGACUUAAGAAGAUUGUUAACUGGUAGUGAAAGACUGAUAGAUCACUUAUUAAAUUUUAUGGAUAGAGAACCAGCAUUUUUUCUAGGAGCCAUCAAAUGUUUACCUUUACUUCCUUCAAUGAGAAGUUCUAUCACACAGACGAUUAUUCAAACAUGUGGUAAAAUCAAGAAUUUAGUAUUUGCAAUACUUUUAGCUAAUAACCAGUUGGUAACAUUAGUCAGAAUGAACAAAUUUUUUUUACAUCCCGCGGAUUUACAUAUAAUACAAAAUUUGGUGGACAGUUCAGAAUCCCUUAAAACUGCUGAAAGCUGGACACCAAUAUGUUUACCAAAGUUUGAUGCCAAUGGUUAUAUGCAUGGACAUGUAUCAUAUUUGGCUGAAGAUUGCCAAGCAUGCUUAUUGCUCCUUACAGUUGACAGAGAUGUAUUUUAUAUUCUAUCUGAAGCAAAACAAAAAAUUGUUGAGAAAUUAAGACGAACAAAUUGUUUAGAAGCAAUUAACGAAUCCAUGAAUAAACCACCAAUUACAACAGCUGACAUCGGACUGCCAGAAAUGCGGCACGUUUUGUACAAGUGUAGAAGUACAGCGCAAUUUUGGAGUCCUGGCCUCCAACCCCCAUAUACAAUAGAUGAAGAAAUCGAACGAUUAUUGGGUCUUUAUCAAUGUUUACAUCACCGGCUACAUGCUCCCAAUAGACCACUAAAACUUAUAUUCCAACAGUUAGAUAAAGAGACCAUGUUGGCAUGGGUAACAGUAGGUUUCGAACUGUAUGUUACAUUUGAACCACUUGUAACAAAACUUGAUGCCAUCGAAGCGGUAAAUAAAUUAUUGAAAUGGAUAAAAAAAGAAGAGGAGAGAUUAUUUAUUUUAAAUUCACCUACGUUUUAAAUUUGGUGGAUAUAACACGGAAAUAUGGAGUGCAUCUUCAGUGACGGUUUAUAUCGAUCUGAUAAAAUAUUGUUAAUAUGAAAGACAGUGUAUCAGAGAUGGAUACGUUCCUCGUAUAUUAAUACUAUACUUUGCUCACUAUUUUUAAUUACAAAAAAACACUGUGAAAUAAGGUACAUAUGUGAAAAUGUAUAUAUUUAAAGACAUUAUACGUGUAAUCACGUGGAUUACAUUUAUAGGCAGGCUAUGAUAUUCCCUACUUAUUUUAUUAUAUGGUGCUUGAGAAAAUUUAUCACUGUAUCGUUGAAAAAGACAUUAAAAAAUAUCUGUUUGUAUUAUUUAAAAAGUAUAUCGCAUCUCGAAAAUAAUUCUUCAACAGUAACAGUGAUAAAUUUUUUUUUAAUGUUUUGUAUAUAACCAUAAAAACAGCGGCCAUUUCAUAAUCCUGUUAAACUGAAAAUAAAAAAUGGUUCUAGAAGGAACGUAUAAUAUAAUGUUAGCGAAAGAAAUAUUAUCACUUACAACAUGUAACGUACGGGUAUUAUGAGCUACUGUGUAGCGUUUUUAUUGAUAAAUGCUAUAAUUUUAAUAUGAAACUAUUCUCUGUAAAUGUUAUACACUGCUGUUAUGAUCGACGCGCGGUACACACGAUAAAAAAAAAAAUUCAAGACUUGUAUCACUA